AUGAUAUUGCGCCUGGAAAAACUUGGGAAUGACAAGGGAUUCAAAAUUUACCAGUGUAAGAGAAUGUGGUGUGCUAAAAGCUUGUUAAGGGAGAGCUUUAAAAGUGACAACCAAACACACAGAAGAAGGAUAACAAAUCAACAAGAUCCCGAUAGUUCAGACUCUAUCAAUGACGCUUUCGAAGAUAUGAGUCGCGAUGAGUCCCCCAUCAUAGCGGACGUGCUUUCUCCUCCACCAGAGGUAGCGAAUGAACCUUCACAGCCCCUUCAAAAUAACGGAAAGUGUGAACAAAUAUGUUGGAAUUGA